UGAUGUCGUGGCGCUUUGGGGGAAGAAGUUCGUCUUCCGUGGGGCCCUGUUGCUGAAGACGCGGUCUGGGUGACCCCUGGCCCUUUCCUACCCAUCCCGCCCCGCCCGCCUUUUCCCUUCCUCCUCUGGCAGGAUGAGGCGUGCAGGCUUGGGUGAAGGAGUACCUCCUGGCAAUUACGGCUAUGCUAAUAGUGGGUAUAGUGCCUGUGAAGAAGAAAACGAGAGACUCACUGAAAGUCUGAGAAACAAAGUAACUGCUAUAAAAUCUCUUUCCAUUGAAAUAGGCCAUGAAGUUAAACAUCAAAAUAAAUUAUUAGCUGACAUGGAUUCACAAUUUGACUCUACAACUGGAUUUCUAGGUAAAACUAUGGGAAAACUGAAGAUUUUAUCCAGAGGAAGCCAAACAAAGCUUCUGUGCUAUAUGAUGCUAUUUUCAUUGUUUGUCUUCUUUGUCAUUUAUUGGAUUAUUAAACUGAGGUGAUACAAGUACGUGUGAGUUUGGAAUUUGUUUCAUCUUAAUGGCUUGGAGUACCACUUUGAUAAAAAUCAGCAUCAAAACAUUCCUAAUUUUCAAAUAUGGCCUUUUCGAUCGAAGAUUACUGAAUUUUGCUUAUUUUAUAAAUCACAGUAGGUAAUAUAGUACUCUUUGAAUACUGUUUCUUAAUGAGUCAUUUUAGCCCCUGUUUUCAGGGAUAUUGAGAUGGCCUGAAAUCAGUGAUGCUCUACCAUUUUAUUUUAUUUUUUAUUGUUUUCUAUUUGUUAGAUUAAAUAGCAGCUUAAUAUUCUGUUAUUACCAUAAAUGUAGGUUUAUGUUCCAUGUAAGGAAACUUAGUGGGAGAGUAAUAGAAUGCUUGCAUUGCCUGAUGCUGAGCUCUUGAGGUAUUGAACCAGUUUAUAACAGAAUGGUAAAUGUAUUUUUCUCAAGAGUUGUCAGCUGUGAUGAUGUAUUCCCCUUUCCUCUUAUAUUUGAUUAAAAUUGUGGGCCAAUGUCUUUUUACCUACAGUCUUCCUAAUAAUUUUUUAUGAUAUAAGUCCUCUUUUCUCUCUGCCCAAAGACCUUGUUUUUUAAUAAAGCUUGUUGUUUUUGGCAUAUUUCUAGUAGGUCCCAAUGCACAUGUGUAUCAGUAUAGUUAUUUUUUUAUAUUAACUUUAUAAAUUUCAUUGACUUGGCUUAUAGUUUUAUGAUUUUAGCUACUUAGAUAGGCCAUUUGAUAUCAUUUGUGACAGAAUAAUGUGAAGUUAAGUAAUUGCUAAGCUCUGAAUGGAAAUAAAGUGUUCAAGAAAAUUAAUUGCCUGUGCUUUAUUAUGUUCUCAAAAUAGUUAUUGAAAAUAAUCAGGCAUUAAACUUGGAGUCGAGUAAUGUUGCUUUAAUCCACUGUAUUUGUUUAUAGAAAGCAAAAUGCAAAGGUGGACUAUGAAAUAAAUAUUAAAAUGUUGUUAAAUACUCUGUAUUGCUACUAUUUUGGA